AUGGCCGAUCCACUUUCAAUUACAACUGCUUGUAUCACAUUGAUUGGCGCAAUUGGGAAGACGACACAGGCUGUGACGAAUUUUGUUCGAACGUGUCGCGAUGCGCGCGAAGAUCUCGCCGCUGUCAGCAGAGAACUGUCCGAUCUGCGCAUCGUGCUCGAACUUCUCAUCGACGAUACCGCCACCAAGGCCUCCUUGCCUGCUGCCUUCGAAAAACACGUAUUGGCCCUUGUCGGGAACUGUUUGGGUGUGACAACGGAGAUCGCGGGGGAGCUCGAGAAUCACGAUGGCCGGACUGGGCCAGCGCGGUGGGCGAUGGGAGGCAAGGAGACUGUCAAUCAGCUGAAAACGAUGCUCGAGACGCACAAAGGCUCGUUGAACUUGGCUCUCGAGUUAGCGAACCUUGUAUCUUCCAAAGCGAUCAAGGAUGAUACCGUUGUCAUUCGCAACGAUGCAGGUCUGAUCAAGGAAGACACAACGAACCUCUUGCGACAAGUCUCCGAUGUCACUCUACAAAUAGCAAGGAUUCGCAAAGCUAUGGGCGCCAAUCGACAGAUCAAAGUCGCCAACAGCGAUACCAUUGACCUCUGGCUGGAAUCCCUCACAUCCUACGCUGAAAGCGUUUGUGGCGAUUUGCUACAGGAUUUGCCGCCAAACGCUCAUGACCGAAUGCUGCUUCCGGAGACUGAAUUAGCAGGCAGUGGAAUCGUCAUCAGCAACGAUACCAUCGGAGACAUCGGGCCGAUGAAGGUUACCAAGGUACACCAACUCACGUACAACAACGGCAUACACUACAUCAGAUCGAAGGGGAGUCAUCUCAUCGGUGUAGAUGGAGUUUCCAACGUAGUCAUAUGGGAUAUACAGACCGGAAAGCAGUUGGGCACUCUGGACACCAAAAAGUCCCAUUCAUGGGAUAUUUAUAAAAUCAAAACAGCAUCGAUCUGUGGUCACGAUUCAGAAUACAUCAUACUGCAUCAGUAUAAAAUAGGCGCCUCUCUUUGGGAUUGGAAAAAGGGCAAGCGAGUCCUUGACGUAUACCAGACUUACCAGGACUUUAUCACACUCCACCCAGUACAUCUUGACGGGAAAAGACUUGUCGUGUUCUGGCAUGACAAACACUCUAUAUGGAAGUCAGAAAAGCCGAGAUGGAAGCACGAAAAGCUGGCCGAGAUUCCUGGGCCAGCAGAAAUUAGCCGGAUUGGAAUAUGGGGUAACGUCGCCGUCGCGCUGCUGAAAGAUGGUAACGCAAUCUGCUUGGAGACAUUGACGGGCUCAGUCAAGGCCAAGAACUCGAUCCUUCGACUUGGACAAGAAGACAAGUGCGACAACUUGGCGAUCGGCCUCAUCCUUAUUCGGCAACCGGACGACGGACAUUGUGUCUUAUUCUGGAUCCUAGAUGUGCCCAAUGGGUCUGUCAUGGUCUGUUAG